AAAAAAUUUCUACAACUUUAAAUUUAUGUGAUAAAAAUUAAUGUUCAAUAGUAUUUAUCUUGGCAAAACUCAAGAUUGCUACAUGUGCGUGUGGUAUCAUAUCACAGCAUACGUGAACACGUGAUUAAAUCUGAUCUUAAUAUAAAAAUCUCACAGCGUAGAUAGCAGAAGAAAACUUUUUCGUCGAAAAGUUAUGCUUAAAAUUUUACUCACAUUAAUGUUUAUCUCACAGAUUUAUUAUGGACUUUGGAAUAAGUGUAUUCCAUAAAGCCAAUUGUAGAAAUUAUUGCCUCACAUUUGCAAACACAUUUAAACGACUAAGACGUGCGUGAAAUUAUAAAAGUUGAUUUUCUCGAUGUUAAUGGCGCAUCGCUAUUACGUAAAAUUUUAGUUAUAUCUAAAAUGUUUAAAAUUUAAAAAUAAUUUUAAAUUUUUAUAUGUGCGUGUAUAGAUAUUUUUAACGUUAAAAAUAUUUGAUAAUAACUGUAAAUAAUUUUAAAAGAGAAUCAUGCAAGUGAAGGUGAUAGAUGGUGGAUUUUCUACACAAUUAGCAACUCAUGUUGGUGAUACAAUAGAUGGUGAUCCUUUAUGGACUGCACGAUUUCUUAUCACGAAUCCUAAUGCAAUUAUUUCUACACAUUUGGAUUUCUUAAAAGCUGGAGCAGACAUCAUUCAGACAAACACCUAUCAAGCAUCUAUUGAUGGUUUUUCGAAAUACAUGAACAUCUCAGAGCAGGAAAGUCUAAACAUUUUUUCUAAAGCUGUAGACUAUGCUAAAGAAGCUAUAAAUUUAUACAAAAAAGAGAUAAAUAAUAAAGAACACGUUGCAAAUGCGAACCCACUAAUUGCUGGAUCAGUUGGACCAUAUGGAGCCUGUUUGCAUGAUGCUUCAGAAUAUACUGGCAAAUAUUGCUUAACUGUGUCAGAAGAAAUUCUUAUGAACUGGCACAGGCCACGUAUUCAAAAAUUAAUAGAAAGUGGUGUUGAUAUAUUAGCUAUAGAAACAAUCCCGUGUAAAAGGGAAGCAGAAGCACUUGUUAAAUUAUUAAAAGAGUUUCCAAACAGUAAAGCAUGGGUCUCUUUUUCGUGUAGUUGUGAUGGAAAAAGUAUAGCAGAUGGCUCUAAUUUUCAAGAUGUUGCACUAUGGUGUUACAAAGAAGCCUUGCCAGGACAAAUUUUAGCAAUUGGAGUUAAUUGUACCGCACCACAAAAUGUAACUCCCUUAUUGAAAGGAAUUAAUGAAAAUUACAAGGAAAAUUUUGUACCACUGGUAGUAUAUCCCAAUAGUGGUGAAAAAUAUACUGUAGAACAAGGUUGGUCAAAAAAGGGAGAAGGAUACUUCUUACAUGAAUUUAUAUUCCAAUGGUUGGAUCUAGGUGUUCGGUACAUAGGUGGCUGUUGUAGAACAAAUGCUGCAGAUGUGAAGAAAAUACGAGCAGAAGUAGAGAAAUGGAAAAGUAAUUAAAUGUUAGUAAAAAUAAAUCCUUGAGUAGAUAAAUCCCAGGCUAGAAAAUCUGUUGAAAUAUUUUUAUACACAUUUACACAACGCAUAUUAUAUAUAUUUCUUAUGAUUAUUUUUGUAUUAC